AUGGACUCGACUAAGCCGAAGAGGGAGUCUUGGGCUGAUUCGGCGGAGGAGGAGGAAGCGGAGCUCAAGGCGGCGGCAGCGGCGGCGGCGGCGGAGGUGGCGGCGAAGGAAGCGAACGACGCGGACGACGCGGACGACGCGCCGCCGGGCCUGACGCCGCGAUCUGCGGCGAAGAACGCGGAAUUCGGCGAGAGCGCGGAGAAAGCGGCGGCGGAUUUGGAUUCGCUAAAAGUCAGCGAAGGCGUGGUGGAUCAGCCGGACCUGAGCAUCAAAACCGGCGAGCUCAACGACGUGCCUGAUGGGUCGGAACACGAGAUUAAGAAGGUGAGUGUGGGUCGCACUCAAGACUCCACCCAGCCCGACCUGAGCAUCAAGACCGGCGAGCUGAACGACGUGCCUCAUGGGUCGGAGCACGAGAUUAAGAAGGUGGUGGCAGCAGAGACGCCCUACUCGUCUGCCAAGACCUUUGAGGAGCUCAACCUAUCAGAGCCCCUCCUGAGAGGCCUCUACUCCGAGAUGAAGUUCGAGCGCCCCUCCAAGAUCCAGGCUGUGACCCUCCCCAUGAUCCUGCUGCCGCCCAACGCCAACCUCAUUGCUCAGGCGCACAACGGGUCAGGCAAGACGACGUGCUUCGUGCUGGGCAUGCUGUCACGAGUGGACCCGCAGGUCAAGGCCCCUCAGGCCCUCUGCAUCUGCCCCACGCGCGAGCUGGCGCAGCAGAACGAGGCAGUGCUGCUCCGUAUGGCCAAGUACACGGGCAUCACGUGUGCAUGUACGGCGUCAGAGGGCACGGGCACCAUCAUAUCGUCCUCACAGCAGGAGAGGCUGGGCGACCAGGUGGUGAUUGGCACGCCCGGCACACUCAAGCGGUGGAUGACCAAGGACCGUAUACUCCCUGCGAAGAGCAUCAAGAUACUGGUGUUUGACGAGGCGGACCACAUGCUUGACCAGGACGGGUUUCAAGACGACUCGAUCAGAAUGAUCCAGUUCAUCACCAAGAGCAACCCCACCUGCCAGAUUCUUCUCUUCUCGGCCACCUUCAACGAGAGGGUAAAGAGGUUCGCCCAGCGUGUAGUACCAGGUGCCAACCAGGUGUACGUGCCCAAGGAGCAGCUGUCUCUGGACGUCAUCAAGCAGUACCGCGUGCGAGUGCCCUCUCGCGACGCCAAGGUCGUGGUGCUCAAAGACAAGAUCUUCCCCGCAGCUGAGAAGCUCGGGCAGUCCAUUAUUUUCGUCAAGACGCGCGAAACUGCCCGGGAUCUUCACAGGAAGCUGGAGGCGGACGGGCAUCGGUGCACGUCCAUCCAGGGCGGCAUGUCGCACGAGGAGAGGGACGAUGUGAUUCGCGAGUUCCGCAGCGGCACCACCAAGAUCCUCAUCGCCACUGACGUGCUGGCUAGAGGGUUCGACCAGGCGCAGGUGACACUGGUGGUGAAUUUUGAUCUGCCCGUGAAGAACGCGCCCCCCAACGAGCCAGAGUAUGAGACUUAUCUCCAUCGAAUCGGUCGCAGCGGUCGAUUCGGCAGAAAGGGUGCUUCGUUCAACCUGGUGUGCGGGGAGAGGGAUGAGCGCACACUCAACAAGAUUGAGAAACACUUCGACCGCGUCAUCCCUGAUGUGCAAUGGGACGACGACGAUGCCUUUGAAAAGGUGCUCAAGGAGGCAGGCCUCGCGUGA